ACCGGGAUCGCCGAUUAGCGUGAGACGACAAAUCGACGUACGGUUCGAGCGGCAAGCUCAUCCAUGGACACCGAGAGCGGCAAGACGAUCCUCCUCAUCAGCUCCGACGGCCACCGCUUCGAGGUGACGGAGGCGGCGGCGAGCAUGUCGAGGCUCCUGUCCAACAUGAUCGAGGACGGCUGCACGGACAACGGGGUCACCCUCCCCAACGUCACCGGCGACAUGCUCGCCAAGAUCGUCAAGUACUGCGACAAGCACGCCGCCGUCACCUCGGAGCUGGCCGCCGCCGGCUUCUCCGACGCCGCCGCCAGAGAAGAAUCACGCGUGGAGAAGCUGAAGGAGUUCGACGCCGAGCUGGUGAGCCUGGACGUCCCGACGCUGUUCAGGCUGAUCAUGGCAGCCGACUUCAUGGACGUCAAGGGCCUGCUGGAUGCGGCCUGCCAGCAUGUGGCGGACAUGGCGAAAGACAUGACGGUGGAGCAGAUGAGGGAGACGUUCAACAUUGAGAACGACCUUACUCGCGAGGAGGAGGCGGCGAUCCGGCGGGAGAACGCUUGGGCCUUCGCCACGAGACGUUAGAGAGCUGUUUAAUUAUUACCCAUAAUAAUGGGAGCUUUUACAGUACAUUCUACUUACGAGGGUAGCAGUGUAGUAGCAAAAACUGUGACCGUUGAUUUUAAUGGAUAGUUUUGUUAUUUGCUUAAUUGAGGUAGAGAUCAAUUUAGUCAUUUGGAUUAAACGGGCUGUGUUUUCUAGCCGGGCAGAACCCAGCGAUGUACUGUUAAUUCCAUAUAAGCAGGAAGU